AUGGUUUCUUUUUCCAAGAUUUUACAUUCCAACUUAUUGCUUGUGAGUCAGUCCAUAUUUCAGGAUGUUGCGACACCACAGCAAGCUGCUACCGAUCAAUAUUCAGUCAUUAACUUUCUCGGUGGUUCAGCUCCUUACAAACAAGGGUCAAGAUAUGGUAUAAGUACUGAUAUCCCAGAAAAAUGCACAGUUGAACAUGUCCAGAUGAUUUCACGGCAUGGAGAAAGAUUUCCCUCGAAAGGUGAUGGUGCUUAUUUCGACACAGUGAUGAAUACAUUCAAGAGUUACAACCAGAAAUUUAAAGGAGAUUUAUCGUUUUUGAAUGAAUAUGAGUAUUUUGUUACGAACAAAGAGUAUUAUGAAAAAGAGACGAGUCCGAAGAACUCCGAAGGAACGUUUGCUGGUACAAAAACUGCACUUCGCCAUGGGGCAUAUUUUAGACAACGGUACGACACGUUGUUUAAUGGAGGGAAUUUCACCGUUUUUACUAGUAAUUCUGGUAGAUGUUAUCAAACUGCCAAUUACUUUGCUCGUGGGUUCUUGGGUGAUGAAUAUUCAGAUGACCAAGUCGAGUACGUGGUUAUUAACGAAGAUCCCAAAAUGGGAGCCAACUCCUUAACACCACGCUAUGCUUGUAAAAAUUUAGGCAACAUUAAUAAUGAUGAGAUUGUUGACCAAUUUGACAAAAGCUAUUUACAGGAUAUUUUGAAUAGAUGGCAAGAACAGAAUCCCGGAUUGAAUUUGACAACCGCACAAGUGUCUUCCUUGUUCUUGUGGUGUGCUUUUGAGAUAAAUGUUAGAGGGUAUUCACCAUUCUGUUCACUAUUCACAAACGAGGAGUUUAUAAAGAGUGGGUAUAGAAACGACUUGACAAACUACUAUUCCAUUGGACAGGGUAACAAUUUGAGCACAACAGUUGGAUCUCCCAUGGUAGAGGCCUCGCUAAAAUUAUUACUAGACGAAUCUGCAAAGAGCAAUAUAUGGGCUAUGUUUACUCAUGAUACAGAUAUGGAGUUUUAUCUUUCAUCCAUGGGAUUAAUCAACCCCGAAAAGGAUUUACCUGUUGAUCAUGUACCUUUUCCUAAUCCGUACAACGCAGCUGAAAUGUUUCCGCAAGGAGGUAGGACUUAUGUGGAGAAGUUGAACUGCGGCGACAAGAAAUAUGUGCGAUUUAUUAUGAAUGAUGCCGUUGUACCCUUUCCUAAUUGCAGUAAUGGAGUUGGUUUUUCCUGUGAUUUGGGCCAAUUUGUUGAUAUUGUAAGAUCAAGAUUAGAUGGCGUAGAUUAUACAAAACAGUGUGAUAGUACAGGCCCAUCAAAUUUGACAUUCUUUUGGGAUUACAAGGACGUACAUUAUGAUGCUCCGUUUAUUGAUCAGUAG